AUGCUUUAUUAUAGUGGGCUCAUAUCUAGAAUAGGAAAUGUGGAUGAAGGUGAUACCAUUACUGAUUAUCUUGCCGAAGAAAAGGAUAGAGGCAUUACUAUACAAAGUGCAGCAGUUACAAUACCAUGGAAUCAUCAUAGAAUUAACAUAAUUGAUACACCAGGUCAUGCAGAUUUUACCUUUGAAGUUAUUCGAUCCUUGAGAGUUUUGGAUGGUGGAGUGACUGUGCUAGAUGCAGUUGCUGGUGUUGAAGCACAGACUGAGAAGGUAUGGAAGCAGGCUCGUGAUCUUGGGAUCCCCUUAAUUGCAUAUAUUAAUAAAAUGGAUCGAGAUGGGGCAGGGUAUGGUCGGACUGUAAAAGAGAUUGUGGGAAGACUCGGAACAAGAGCAACAUUAGUGAAUAUUCCCUAUUUUGUUGAGGAUGUGGCCACUGGAAGGAUGAACUUCACAGGUGUUAUAGAUGUUAUUCAUAAGAACCUUCUACGCUGGAAUAUCUCAACCAAUGUUUCAUCUACUAAUGAGGCUGCUGAUGGAACGGAUAUUGAGGUGAUACAUUUAGAAAAAGAGGACCUUAAUACUGAAUAUACAGAUGCGAAAAAGCAAUGCAUAAAAGCAAGAAAAGCAGUCAUCGAACAGCUUUGCGAUUUUGAUGAUGCCAUUGUGGAUUCGUUUUUAGAAACAGAGGACUACAUGAAAGUAGAUUCGGCAGUAAUUCAGGAGUCUUUGAGAAAAGCUACCAUAAAGAGGUAUACGACUCCAAUAUUGUGCGGCUCUAGCUUUAAAAACAUCGGCGUUCAACCAUUGAUGGAUGCAGUUGUUAGUUAUCUUCCAUCACCAAUAGAUGUACCUCCACCAAAAAUUAUCUGUGAUAUCAAUGCUUGUGGCAGACAGAAAAGAAACGCAAAGAAAUAUUUGCAGGCACAUUCCAAUGAAACAGAUUUAAACUUACCUGUGAAAAUGGAUCCCCGUAUUGGAUGUGUGAUUAAUAAAGACAAAAACCUUUCUGCUUCCUUAGCUUUUAAAGUUAUAUCUCAUCCAAACAGGGGACUUAUGAUUUUUGUAAGAGUUUACAGUGGGAAGUUGAACCCAAACAGCACUGUGAUUAAUUCCAGAACAGGGGAAAGGAUUCGCAUUGGUAAACUUUUGCUCAUGAACGGUGAAAUUCCACAGGAAGUCAAAUAUCUUACGGCGGGAAAUAUAGGAGUUAUUACAGGGACGGAAGAAAUUAGUACGGGCGAUACGUUAAUAUCGCAUGCAGUAUCCAAAAAUCCGAACAAGAUUCAAAAACGGGAAGCAUCAGCAAAACUUCUUUCAAUUACAAUUCCACCUCCUGUUUUUUCUGUUAGCAUCGAGCCGACAACUGUUGCUGAUAAACGUAAAUUGGAAACCUGCUUGAAACUCAUUUUGAAAGAGGAUCCUAGCUUACGAUUGACAUAUGACGAUGAAGCCGGUCAAUUAAUUCUUUCUGGAAUGGGCGAACUUCAUCUUGAAAUCACAAAAGAUCGACUUGUCAAUGAUAUGAAGGUGAAUGCGGAUAUAGGAAAAGUCCAUGUUACAUACAAGGAAAGCAUAAUAGAGCCUACUGAAAGUGUUAGUAAAUCACAGCAGACCCAAACUGUACAGGCAUGUUCUAUGUGA